AACAAUUCUUGCUGUUUCAUUUUGAGCGAUUGCUGUAGUUAUAUUUUGAAGAAUUCAUUAAAAAUGGAAGAAAUUGGUAUAAUUUUGCCUGAAAAAGAUGAUCAAACUACCGAUGUCAAGGGGCUUUCCUUUGCUGGACCCCAAUCGUUCGAAGAACUGGAAUCUGAAGAUCUCUAUACCAAAUACAAGAAACUACAGCGUAUGCUAGAAUUCUUAGAAGUCCAAGAAGAAUACAUUAAAGAUGAACAAAGAAACUUGAAGAAGGAAUACCUCCAUGCACAAGAGGAAGUGAAGCGUAUUCAGUCUGUACCAUUAGUGAUUGGACAAUUUCUUGAAGCUGUUGAUCAAAACACUGGAAUUGUUGGUAGCACAACAGGGUCCAACUACUAUGUUCGUAUUCUGUCAACUAUAGACAGGGAGUUGUUGAAACCGUCCGCAUCAGUGGCACUCCAUAAACAUUCAAAUGCCCUUGUAGAUGUGCUUCCUCCAGAAGCAGAUAGUUCGAUUUCUAUGUUGCAAGCAGAUGAAAAACCUGACGUACAAUACUCCGAUAUUGGUGGUAUGGAUACACAGAAGCAAGAGAUCAGAGAAGCUGUGGAGUUACCACUGACACAUGUCGAACUCUAUAGACAGAUCGGCAUUGAGCCUCCACGUGGUGUCCUUAUGUAUGGACCUCCGGGCUGUGGAAAAACUAUGUUGGCAAAAGCUGUAGCUCAUCACACUACUGCUGCAUUCAUUCGUGUGGUGGGAUCAGAGUUUGUGCAAAAAUAUUUAGGAGAGGGGCCGCGUAUGGUGCGCGAUGUCUUUCGUCUUGCCAAGGAAAACAGUCCAGCUAUCAUUUUCAUUGAUGAAAUUGAUGCCAUUGCUACUAAAAGAUUCGAUGCUCAGACUGGCGCUGACAGGGAAGUGCAAAGAAUUCUGCUUGAACUGUUGAAUCAGAUGGAUGGCUUUGACCAAACUACUAAUGUAAAGGUUAUAAUGGCAACUAACCGUGCCGACACUUUGGAUCCUGCUUUGCUACGACCUGGACGUCUUGAUAGGAAAAUUGAAUUUCCACUUCCUGACAGGCGUCAGAAGCGGUUGAUCUUCUCAACGAUUACGGCGAAGAUGAAUCUUUCAGAAGAGGUGGAUUUGGAAGAAUUCGUAGCCAGACCGGACCGCGUUUCAGGCGCUGACAUCAACGCCAUCUGCCAAGAAGCUGGCAUGCAUGCUGUCAGGGAGAACAGAUAUAUUGUUCUUCCAAAAGAUUUCGAAAAGGGCUACAAGAACAACAUCAAGAAAGACGAAAGUGAAUAUGAAUUCUAUAAAUAAUUUCUUACCUGUUUAUAUUAAUCUAAUAUUGA